AUGGCUGUCACUGAAAAGGGACCAUUUCUACGCCCAAUCACCCAUCCACAAAGUCGUGACACCGAUGGAAUCUUUCCACUGGAUGGAAAGGAUCUGGCCUCGGUCACAGAUGAGGCUCUGGCAACUCUUAUUACAACUGCUCCUAUUAUCCAUCAGCUAGAUGGAACAACUGUUGUUCGGCUUUCAGAGAAGUUGAUAAUGAAGGGUGGUGGAAGUGUCCUGGCCAGUGAAGCGAAAAUGCUCAGUCUCAUUGCUUCUAGAGCUAGCAUCCAAAUCCCGCGAGUCCAUCGGUCAUUUCAGGUGGAAGAUGAUACGCAAUAUUUCGGUACAUCUGGGUAUAUUGUGAUGGAUUCCAUCCAAGGCCUACCUCUAGAUGAAUGCUGGAACGGCCUAUCACUCGAUACCAAAGGGGAAAUCGCCACGCAAGUUGCAGAAAUUAGCAAAGAGAUGCAGUCUAUUGAGCUUCCGCAACCCGGCCCUAUUAGUGGAGGGCCAUGCCGGGGUUGGUUCUUUACAGAUUAUAGCGCAGGGACUUUUAUGGACACGGCUGAAAUGGAAGCAUGGUUUAACCACAAGCUCGAUAUCUGCAAGAUAGUCCGUCAAGCUCCAGAAGACAUGCCGCCAUUCCAUUUUUCCAAAUUUGUUGUUACGCACCAGGAUAUCAGUCCUCGAAACCUGAUCUUAGAUCAGGAUAAACAAGUGUGGUUGAUUGACUGGGCAUACUCUGGCGCAUAUCCUCCCGCUUUUGAAAGGGCUGCGUUGUUAACUCAGCCGUCUUUCACUGAUUUCAAUGAAAUGGUGUUAUCCCUUAUUCCACGUUAUCCCGAGGAGAAAGUGCAACUUGACGCUAUUGCAUAUGGAUUAACCACUGCGGCAUUGGCCUAA